AUGUAUAUAUUCUUUCUGCGGCUGAACAGUAUGCAGUUUUCCAUUACACAGCUGGUUAUAAGCAGGCCACCCUGCAUAAAGUGCCCAAGUGUGCAUAUUAUGGUGGAUGGGAUGGAGCGGUCAUAUACCCCUGAAAGUAUGCUUCCCACAGGGAAAAAGGCGUUUAUAGAAGUAGAUGAGUUUUGGCUAAUAUACACAGAUGGAUUUAUGAUCGACAUCGGGCACAACACAUUAAUCAGCAUCAUCAGCAAUAACAUAACAGUCGGCUCUAUUACACUCGCAAAACUUCCGUUAGGAAUAGGCAGAUACUACAAAAAGGACUUUAAGAUUCAAAGACACCUGCCUGACGACAUAUUUUUGGAUAUAAUUGUGGAGAGCCUUUCAAACACUCAUAUUACUACAUCAGAGAGGAUUCCUUCCAUCACAGAGACGCUUAACCAAAUACCAUCAUAUACAAGUGUAAAGAAGGCACCUGCCCUCAGUAACUUCGCAGAUUCGCCAGCCCCAUUUAAGCCAGACUUUGUUCCCAUGGUGGAAGCAAGUAGCACUAAUCUAUCGGCAAAUAAUCUGGAUAAUUUACGCACGCAAACCCCCAGUAUAGUACAAAGCAAAGAGUCUGGAUUAAAAGAAACCCCACUUCCAAUAGUGAAAGUCGCACAAGCCAUAUCGAGUAUGAAAGUUCCUUCACCUGCAUCUACUGAGCAACCAGCUAAUAGUACUGCAAAGAUCUUUUCUAAGAUGCCAUCCCCUCCUGGAAUGCGAGUGCGCCCUACUGUUGAUCUUCUGGAAGGCGCAGACGUAGGUAUUAAAACUUUAUUUCCAAAGGUUGGCUGGAAGCCUGUUUUGUCCGUUAAGGGAUCUUUAUAUGAAAGCCCUGUGCUUUCUGAAAGCGGGCUGCUUGAUAGAUGGACAGAAAUUGAAGAUGACUUCAAGAAAAAGUUCUGUAUAAAAAGAGGGAUACAACAGACAGGCUUUCUGAAGAGAGACAGGCCUGGCAAAAAAGAAAGGAUUCUGAGCGAAAGGCAGGAGUUUCUUCUGUCAAUUGUCUUUGAAGCAAUAAAGAAGUCUAAGGUCUCCCUAAAAGACAUCUGCAACGAACUUAUAAGGUGGACAGAAACAGAAGAGCACGCGCCCCAUAUUGAUAGUUUAGUUAAUCUGUCUUUAGUUUUCCCUCUUGAAAGCGAGUCCAUAAAAAUCAUGGAAGCCACCCAUAUGUUGACAGAGGUAGAGAGCAAAGUUAAGCUAUUUCUUCAGAAUAACUGCACAAAGGGAAGACUUACUUUAAUCAAAUACGUGCACUGGGCACAUUCUUCGCUUGUUGCUCUAAUCGCCACUUUGCAGGAAAUCAGAAACUCUCUAAUUUCUGUUGAAAAUGACAAAGAGUUUCCUGCCUUUCUGGUGAUUUUAUUGCGACUUGGAAACCUAGUCAACUAUAAGUACGCUGAGGUUGCAAAUAAGUCUCCUGCAAAGGGAUUUUAUCUUUCUUCCGUAAGCGCCUUUUCUAAAUGCGCAGCUGAAAUCAUCAAUGAAGAGGGAUGCAGGCUUUCUUUGCUUGAGUUUAUAAUUCUCACAACUCGCGACAAAAUUGACUUUAAAAAAAUACUCAGUACAUACGCAGUCUUUAAGAACAUUCAUCUAAAGUCUUUGAAGGAUCACUAUUCCAUGCUGCGUGCUGGAUAUGAUGAAGUUGUGCUGCUAGACGACUUUACUGGAAAGAAGGAAAGGCUUCACAAGAUAUUUCUUAUAAUCCGAGAAUGCGAGUAUCUUAUAUCAGAGGUUGACACAAAGCUAUUUGUUCUUUCUAAAGUACACGCAGACACCCCAGAAUAUAUCUCUGAAAAUAUGGUAGAUGCAAUUGGCUCUAUAGAGAAGUACAGCUAUUUAUUUAGAUAG